AUGCCGAUCUGUAUCGAGUGCCGGCACCCGGUCAAGACGCUAUGGACGCAGUACUCGGGCGCGGGCGACAAGGCGAGCGGCCACAACAUCCGGCUGACGGUCUGUCGCAAGUGCGGGCGCUUCUGUGACAAGUAUGUCGAGCACGACUUUGUCGUUCUCUUCAUCGACCUGGUCCUCAUCAAGCCACAGCCUUCAAUCGUUCGGCUCGGCGUCUUACUGCUACUGUUUGAUGUCUACCUCACAUGGGCGCGCAUAGAGAACCAAGGACUGCCCGGCGGGACGCCAGGCGAGAGCCCCUUGGGCCAGCUCGCGCAGCAACCCAUUGUGAUUCAAUACUUCUUCUUUUUGAUGCUAUGCACGCUUUCGACUGUCGCCUUCCACGUCGUGAUCCGGUUCCUCGUCGCGUCGUCGCUGUCGCCGCUCGUCGCCCUCGGGGUACUGCCGCGGUACGGGCGGCCCAACUCGGUGUCGACGGCGCUGCUCGUGUCUUCGUCGACGAAGCUGUUUCCGAUCCUGCUCGUCAUCUGGGACUACGAUGUGCCCGCGGCCGCGACGUCGCUCGGCUGGGCCGUCGUCGCCAACAACGUCGAGGCGCUGCGCAUCCUGCUAGACUGCCGCUACUACGUCGCCUGCCUGCUGGCGCUGGUCGGCGCCGCGGCGCGCUGGUCGGUCGCGCGGCUCGUGCUCGUCGCGGUAUUGGGGCUGCGCGGCGCCCAUGACAACCCCAUCUCCAUCGACGCGGGCAUGGCGGCGGACGCCAGGGCGCUCUGGGGCGCGAUCACGUACGUCACGAAUUGGGCGGGACGGCUGGCUGUCGGGUGA